AAACAGAACUCAGGAUCGAGGUCACGUGUUUCACCCGGAUGGAUUUCCACUGCGCACCCAUUCAGAUAAACCGCCUUAUGAGAGAACAUGGCAGCGCAGGUGGCAGCCACGAAGGUUCCGGAGGUGCGAGACAUCACUCGAAUUGAGAGGAUUGGCGCACACUCUCACAUUCGUGGCCUUGGGUUAGAUGAUGCCUUGGAGCCACGGCAGGUGUCUCAGGGGAUGGUGGGUCAGUUGGCGUCUCGAAGGGCAGCCGGGCUGAUCCUUGAAAUAAUCAAAGAUGGUCAGAUUGCUGGUCGUGCUGUCCUCAUCGCUGGCCAACCUGGGACAGGCAAGACAGCUAUUGCUAUGGGUAUUGCCCAGUCUCUUGGCCCUGACACACCUUUCACUGCUCUGGCUGGGAGUGAGAUUUUCUCUCUGGAGAUGAGCAAGACCGAAGCUCUGAGCCAGGCCUUCCGCAAAGCCAUAGGAGUCAGGAUAAAAGAGGAGACUGAGAUCAUUGAAGGAGAGGUGGUAGAGAUUCAGAUUGACAGACCUGCUACAGGAACUGGUGCAAAAGUGGGGAAACUCACGCUGAAGACGACAGAGAUGGAAACCAUCUAUGAUCUGGGGACCAAGAUGAUUGAGAGCCUCAGUAAAGAGAGAGUGCAAGCUGGAGAUGUGAUCACCAUCGAUAAAGCCACAGGAAAGAUUAGCAAGCUGGGACGGUCAUUUACUCGAGCAAGAGAUUACGACGCCAUGGGUUCACAAACACAGUUUGUGCAGUGUCCAGAGGGAGAACUGCAGAAACGGAAAGAGGUUGUUCACACUGUCUCUCUUCACGAAAUUGACGUCAUUAACAGCCGCACUCAGGGAUUCCUGGCCUUAUUUUCAGGUGACACAGGAGAGAUUAAGUCAGAGGUUCGAGAGCAGAUCAAUGCUAAGGUGUCUGAAUGGAGAGAGGAAGGCAAAGCUGAGAUCAUUCCUGGGGUUCUCUUCAUAGAUGAGGUCCACAUGUUGGAUAUAGAAUGCUUUUCAUUCCUGAAUCGAGCUCUUGAGAGUGAUCUAUCACCUGUACUUAUCAUGGCCACUAACCGAGGCAUCACCCGUAUCAGAGGCACCAAUUACCAGAGUCCUCAUGGUAUUCCCAUAGACAUGCUUGACCGUCUGCUCAUCAUUGCAACCUCUCCCUACACUGAGAAGGAGACCAGACAGAUCCUGAAGAUUCGCUGUGAGGAGGAAGAUGUCGACCUGAGUGAGGAGGCACACACAGUUUUAACGCGUAUCGGACAGGAGACUUCACUCCGUUAUGCCAUCCAGCUCAUCAGUACUGCAGGCCUGGUGUGCCGCAAACGCCGGGGCACUGAAGUCCAAGUGGAGGACAUUAAGAGGGUCUACUCUCUCUUCCUGGAUGAGUCCAGAUCCUCACAGUACAUGAAAGAAUACCAGGACUCCUUCCUCUUCAAUGAAACACAAUCCCCUCAGAUGGACACCUCAUAAUAAAAAAGCUGUGAAGAGGUGUCUCAAUUCAUUGCUCCUGUGAAGUCCAUUUACUCUUAUGACCUCGUCCCUUAGAAGUGUUCAGGCAAUUGAGUGAAUUCAUGCACUCAAGCUUUUUCUUUGUCAUCUUUUUCUUUAUUUGCUACUUGGUAUUGCUAGAUUUGAUGUUUUUCAUUGAAUAAAGAAUUUCUUCUUGUUUGGCUGUAUAACAUGGUAACCAAAAGAUGAAAUAAAACUAUUUGACCAUAAAUUGACGUAAUGACACUGA